GACGUUUAGUUUAUGAUUUACGAUAGUCUUGUUGUAAAUCGUGAAUCAAAAUCCAGGGAUUUCGUGUAUUCUAGCGUUCUAACGUUUUUCCAGGGGUUGAAACUGCAACUAGACAUGCAAUAACAUUGUUUUGACUUAUAUCACUUGUGAUUUGGACAUUGGAUUGUGAGUAAUCAUGGCGAAUAAUCGAAUCCCCUCUGGCCCGAAUACGCCUGGUAGCCAACAGACCCCUACCCAACAAGGAAUAAAGAUAUUUAUCCAAAGGGACUAUUCUGAAGGGACAGCAGUUAAAUUCCAGACAAGAUUUCCUCCAGAACUGGAAGAUCGAAUUGAACGACAAACCUUCGAGUAUACUAUGGAAAGAUUGAAUGAGCAUUUUGAGAUGGCGGAAACAGCGGACUGCAGCACCUAUUGCGAAGGCUGCUUAGCGUGUCUCACGGCUUACUUCAUCUACAUUUGUACUGAAACACAUUAUGAAAAGCACCUCCGGAAAGUGUCCAAAUUCAUAGCGACCCAGAACGAGCGGGUGUACAACCCCAAAGGUAUCCACAUCACUGACCCGAUACUCCGGGGGCUCCGGGUCAUCGAGAUAACCAUCAUCGACCUGCCCAACUAUCAGAGUCCCACAGGGAACUCCAACCAGAUCAGGCACACUUGACCACCACAGGAGAAUCGGGAGUUCUUCAUGUAACAGUUACGGUACUGGUUUUAAAUUCGUUAAUGCCAGUUAAAACAAUGUGAUUUUUGGAAAUUUUAUCUAAAUAAGGUAAUGGAUUUUGGAAAGUUAAAAUAAGGUAUUGGUUACGCUACGCAAAAAAAAGUUUGGCAUGA